AUUUUUAAAAGUUCUUUGCGGAAGAAUAUUUGACCAGCACUAGAGUAUCAUGAUGACAACAACAUUCAUCUGUUUAAUGCUAACAGCUGUUGUGGGAGCUACUGCAAGCAAAGCACAGGAAUUUGAAGGCAAUGAUGAGGAUACAGAACAAGAAUUCAUUUAUAUGAACAGAUAUAAGCGUUCCAGUGACACACAGGACAGAUGCACUUACACUUUUAUUGUACCUCAACAGAGAGUGACAGGUGCCAUUUGUGUUAAUUCUAAGGAACCUGAAGUUCUACUUGAAAACAGGGUAAAUAAACAAGAAUUACAGUUACUUAACAGUGAACUACUUAAACAAAAGAGACAAAUAGAAACUCUCCAGCAACUGGUAGAGGUGGACGGUGGGAUUGUUAAUGAGGUUAAACUCUUAAGAAAAGAGAGCAGAAAUAUGAAUUCUCGUGUCACACAACUCUAUAUGCAGUUACUACAUGAAAUUAUCCGAAAACGUGACAAUGCCUUAGAACUUUCUCAACUUGAGAAUAAGAUUUUGAACCAAACUGCAGAUAUGUUGCAGCUUGCAAACAAAUACAAAGACUUAGAGCACAAGUACCAACAUUUGAUGUCAAUUGCCAAUAAUCAGUCAAUAAUAAUUGCCCAACUGGAAGAACACUGUCAAAGAAUGCCAUCUAUAAAGCCACUGCCACAAACUCCACAGCCACCAAAUAAAGUGUACCAGCCUCCUACUUACAAUCGCAUUAUUAACCAGAUAUCUACUAAUGAGAUUCAGAGUGAUCAGAACUUAAAGAUUCUGCCACCUACCUUACCAACCAUGCCUGCAGUUACUAGUAUUCCGACUUCAACUGAUAAACCAUCUGGGCCCUGGAGAGACUGUCUACAAGCAUUAGAAGAUGGCCAUGAUACAAGCUCCAUCUAUCUUGUAAAACCAGAAAACACAAAUCGGCUUAUGCAGGUCUGGUGUGAUCAACGGCAUGACCCUGGUGGCUGGACAGUCAUUCAGAGACGGCUGGAUGGGUCUGUCAACUUUUUCAGGAACUGGGAGACAUACAAGCAAGGAUUUGGUAACAUAGAUGGAGAAUAUUGGCUCGGAUUAGAAAAUAUUUAUUGGUUAACAAAUCAAGGCAACUACAAACUGCUCAUAACAAUGGAAGACUGGUCAGGUCGAAAAGUAUUUGCUGAGUAUGCUAGCUUCAGACUGGAGCCAGAAAGCGAAUAUUACAAGUUGAGAUUAGGACGCUACAAUGGCAAUGCAGGAGAUUCUUUCACUUGGCACAAUGGUAAACAGUUCACCACACUGGAUCGGGACCAUGAUGUAUACACAGGUAAUUGUGCUCACUACCAGAAAGGAGGAUGGUGGUACAAUGCAUGUGCUCAUUCAAAUCUCAAUGGAGUUUGGUACCGUGGAGGACACUACCGCAGUCGGUACCAGGAUGGUGUUUACUGGGCUGAAUUCCGGGGAGGAUCAUAUUCACUAAAGAAAGUUGUUAUGAUGAUAAGACCUAACCCCAACACAUUCCACUGAAACAAUUCUUCUCUUGGUUUGUUUUCUUGUUCUGAAAAAAACAUGUAAAACUAUAAUAUCGUUAUAUGAAAUUAUCUUUUCAGAAAUGAGGAAUGUAACAUAUUGUACAUUUAUUGCUAAGAUGUGAGGGCUUGUAUAUUAUAUUUCCAAGAAUCAUUCCAUGAAAAAAAAGAGCUGAAGGAAAAAAGGAACUGAAAUGACAUAACAUUCAGAACACCUCUUAGUACUAGAAGUAGUUAUAUUAAGCCUUUUACAACUGGCAGUUUAGAUGGACUGUAGAUAAACUUCUGGGUUUUAUUCCCUGUAAAUUAAAUUUGGAUGGCAAAAACACUGCCACAACAUUUAAAUAUUUUUUAUGUUACAUUAUGUAUAAAUAUUAUCAAAUACAGGAAAUACUACAAACUGUACAGCAAGAGGUUUUUAUUAUUAUUAUUAUUAUGAUCAAUCAUUUGACACAGGAAAGCAUAUCCUUUGAACUGUGUAGCUGGUAUAUGUACAUUAGUGUGAUUAUUCUAAUUUAAUCUUUGUUAACUGCAAUGAAUAAAGUUAGUACUA